GAAAGUGUAUAAAAUCGGCCAACAUCUGUCAAUUGGCAUCAGUUGUUUUCUGCAGCAAAAGUAAAGUGACUCAUCACUAAGUGAAAAACUAAAUUAUCUUCUUGUGUCAAGUGUAAACUUAAAAAAAAAACAUCAUACAAAAUGCCUUGCCCAUGCGGAAGCGGUUGCAAAUGCUCCUCCCAGACCAACAAGGGUUCCUGCAAUUGUGGCAGCGAUUGCAAGUGUGGCAGUGACAAGAAAUAGGAAGUGCGGCUGCUCCUCCAAGUGAAGUCGACUGAAUAACCUAUAAACUGUACUAUAUCUAGAACCUAAAGAUUUUUCUACAAAAUUAACGCACACACACACACAUGUGUACAUGUAAACAAGUAUUUCACUUAUUCAACUAUCCGCUUUGUCGCAAUGAAUUGAAUAAACUGAAUUUAAAUUAAA